ACACUGGCUUCUCUGCCACUUCAUCCUGUACCUUGCUCCCUCUUGCACUCCCUGCAGCCAUGAAGCAAAUGAAAGAGCUCGAGGGCGACACGAAGUCCAUCCUAAAAUUUGAAUUUAACCCCAAAGAGGGGAUCGACAACCCUGCCUUGUCGCUGGCUGAGGACGCGGACGGCGAGGUCCCGGGGGAGCCCCGCUUCUACCUGCUGAGCAAGGGCAGCGCCGAGACCUUCGGUUUCCGCCUGCGCGAGGAGCCGGGCUGCCGGGGGCAUGUCAUCCGGCAGGUGGAGCUGGGGGGGCUGGCGCAGCGCAGGGGGCUGCAGGACGGGGACCGGCUCCUCCAGGUGAACGGCCACUUCGUGGACCACAUGGAGCACGGCAGGGUGGUGCGGAAGAUCGAGGCCAGCGGGAACCAGGUCCUCCUGGCGGUGCUGGAUGGCGAGUCCUACGACGCGGCCAAAGCCCUGGGCAGGGACCUGUCCCAGAUGCUGCCGGGUGACGUCCGCCCGCGGCUUUGCCACAUCACCAGGGACAAAAGCGGUUUCGGCUUCAGCGUCUCGGGGCCCGAAGGCGCCAAGGGCACGUUCCAGCUGUCGGUGCGGCGCGACGGGCCGGCCGAGCGAGCGGGGCUGCCCUCCGGCUCCUGGCUCCUGGAGCUGAACGGGGCCAGCGUGAGGAGCUACUCGCACGCGCAGCUCGCCAGGAAGCUCAAGCGAAGCGGCAGCAAGGUGACGCUGCUGGUGGCAUCUGGCGCGGCGGAGGAGUUUUACCGCCUGCGGGGCCUGCGGGUCACAGCCGCCUUGGCGGACGCCUCCUGGCUCCCCUUCAAGGUCCGGAAGCUGCACAUGGUGAAGGAGCCGGAGGGCUACGGGUUUCUGCUCAAGGAAGAAAAGUGCAGCUCGGGGGCCACGGGCCAGUUCCUGUGGGAGGUGGACGCCGGGCUGCCGGCCGAGAGGGCCGGGAUGAAGGAAGGGGACCGUCUGCUGGCGGUGAACGGUGAGAGCAUUGAGGGGCUGGACCACCAGCAGACGGUGCUCAGGAUCCGCGCCCACGCCGACCGGGUGACGCUGCUGGUCAUCGACCCCGCCGGCGACGAGUUCUACCGGUCGAUUGGGCUGUCCCCACUGCAGUUCUUCGAGGACAGCGACGCUGCCUCGGGCUCCUGCACGCCCUCCCCUGCACACCUUCCCGAUGAUGGCUCUCCCGGAUGCUGUGACCUUGACGUGGGACCAGACGGACCCAUCUCCUGGCUCGCGACGGCUGCUGCCGCUGUGGGGAUCGCACAGAGCCAGUGCCUGGAGGAGUAGAGGAGGCUGCACCAGGCGUUUUAGCAGCCCAGGCUGAGUCCAGCUCUGGGGAGGUUUCCCCACACAGAAGCUCAACGCAGGCCAGGUCCAGCCCGUCGGUGCCCCAGCCCAGCUCCCCAGGGUGCCCGGAGCUGCUCAGCGUGGCUGUUUGUGUCUCCAUGCCUGGGAAGGGGCUCGCAGCCUCACACCUCCCGGAGAUUUGUCUCCACCGCUGGACCCAAGCUUUUAUUAACCAUCACAGUGGCUUCCUGUAAUCAAAGACUGACCUGUGCCUUUGCCUGUCCAGCUGCCUCCAGGGGUACUUAGGGAUGCUGCAUUGAAGCCCUCACCCCCUCCCAUCCAGCUCCAAGGUCUGGUGAGCUCCUGAGAUAGCUGAGGCACUGCCCUCCAAGCCAUGACCAAGCCAUGACCCAGGUGACUGGGCAGCCUGGGGCUCGGCUCAGCCCAGGGGCUGGCCCCAGGGCCGGUGUGCAAAGGGGAAAGUGAAUGGCAGAGGCCAUGGGGCCCUAGAGUAAGCCCCCAGGCCUCGCAUGGGCCCCCAGUGCUUAGCCUGUUGGCUCAGGUCUGCCCCUCCAUGAACCUCUCCUUUUCCUUGCGCUCCUCACCCCAUCCUCACUGCAAACCCAGGAGUAGUGGGUACCUGCCCUCAUCAUAGCCCUGUUCCUGUGUCAUCCUUUUGUGAUGUGAUUAAAAGACAAAUCUUCACUGCUACUCUUGAGUAGUGUUACAGAGAGGUCGGCAUCCCAGGGGUGCAUCUGA